AUGCAUGAAAUAAUUCAUAUUCAACUCGGUGAAUGUGGAAAUCGAAUUGGUUCGAAAUUUUGGAAUUGUAUUUUCGAUGAACAUUGUAUCGAUUCAACAGGAAUCUAUUUCGAUCAAUCAGAUCUUUGUCGUGACCGUAUCCAUACGUAUUUCGAUCAAACAUCAGACGGAAAAUAUCGUCCUCGUGCAAUUCUCGCUGAUUUUGAUCCAGAUAUGAUGAAUUCCAUACGAAAUUCAUCAGUUGGGAAACAGUUUCCUUCAGAUCAGAUGAUAAUUGCAGGUGAAUAUAGUUGUGCAUCAAAUUGGGGUGUGGGAUAUUGUCUUCAAAAUGUUGAACUGGCUGAUCUUGUCUCGAAUAAAAUUCGUCAACAAGUUGAGCUUUGUGAUAAUCUUCAAGGAUUUCAAAUGACUCAUUCGUUGAUCGGUGGAACUGGAUCAGGUUUUGGAUCGUUUAUCCUCAAUCAACUUCGAGAUGAAUAUCCUGAUCGACUUAUAAUGACAUUUAGUUGUUUAAGUUCAUCGGAAAUUCCCGAACGGGUGAUUGAACCGUACAAUAUCGUUCUUGGUUUACAUCAUCUAAUCGAGAAUUGUGAUUCGAGUUGUUUAUUCGACAAUGAAACUUUGUUGAAACGACGACUCUCUUCAACCUUCGAAGAUCUCAAUCAAAUCAUCGCGAAUGUCAUAUCUGGUAUCACCACAUGUUUUCGAUUUCCUGAUCAAAUCAACGGGGAUAUGAGAAAAUUCACAACAUAUUCAAGUCCAUAUAUUCGUCUGCAUUUUCUCACCUCCAGUUUGACUCCGAUGCUCUCUCUGUCAUUAUCCGAACUAAGAAAACAAAUGUUUGAUAACACCAAUCUGAUGAUGCCUUGUAAUUUUCAACAAGGUCAAUGUCACGCGAUGACAUCGAUCUUUCGUGGACAAAUCUCAUUACAAAAAAUCGAUGAAUAUUUCCCAGAUAGCAAAACAACUUUCUGUCGAGUUCCAUUAAAAGAAUUUGAAAGAUCGUUAACAAUGAUUGGUAAUCAUAUGGGUAUGAAAGAGAUAUUUCAGAGAUUUUUGGAGAAAUUCACAGCGAUGUUUCGUCGGAAACUUUAUAUAUUUGGUUUAUGUCGUUCCGGAUUGGAUGAAAUGGAAUUCACCGAAGCAGAAAACAAUCUAAACGAUUUAAUUGAUGAAUAUCAAAGUAUUGAGUGA